UAAGCGUUGGUUUUUAAACAUUGAUUUUUAAAAGCUAAUCAAAUGUUCCACUUCUUAUAUUGUAGUGCACUGAACCAUGUGCCUCGAAUAAGGACAGAUUGGUAAGGGAAGUGGUAAUCCAAUUACCGGUAGCACAUUUUUUCCUGAUAUCAGCUUUAAAAGAUCUAGGGUUCAUCUCAAUUUUGCAGGCACUUGUAUUGAGUCUAACACACAGAAGCAUGUUGGUACAAAUGGGUCCCCUGCUGAUAAAAGAUCUACAAGUUGGCGACAUUAUCCCGGACAUGGUAGACAGGAUAAUCCUUAGUGAGCGUAAUGCAGAAAAGUUAAUGGCUCACAAAACAAAACAAGAUCAAGCUUUCGAAUUUCUUCGUAUUUUAACAAAACGUGGUCCUACUGCAUUUGAAACCAUGACUGAAGUGUUGAGAAAACACAAGAAAGAACUUGCAGACCUUAUUGCAAUAAAAGCGAAUCCUUGCAGUAGUAAAAACCAAAUAGCAAAUGUCAACAUCGAUCACAUGAGCCAGAUACAGCGCCUACCCUGGGACCCCGACGACACCAUGCCCAUAGACGACGUCUAUGUUAACCUGCAGUGGGUACAAGAUGAAAGGAAACCUGCAGUUACUAGUUAUGGUGUAAUCCAGUGCUAUACAUCAAUAUUUAAAUAUACCAAACAAGGGAAGGCACCAAAGAGAAUAUUGGUAAGAGGAAAGGCGGGCAUCGGCAAAACCACCUUCACAAAGAAGAUGGCAACAGACUGGGCAAAUGCCACACUGGGUUUAGGAGAAUGUGAUGGAGUACUUUCGAAAUGCAAACAUCUUUUAAUGUUAAAUCUACGCAGCAUUAAGCCUUGUCAAACACGGAAACGGGCAAUUGAAUCGCAAAUCACUUGUUCUACAGAAAACAGGAAAGCAGUGACAGAUGAAAUCAUGCAAGCUCUCGACUUGGACACUGACUAUGUGCUACUCGUCUUGUAUGGAUAUGAUGAAUAUGAUAACAACACUUCCAAAGAAAUCACAUACAUCAUUUACCGUAAACGAUACCAGGAUGUGUGCACCGUCAUCACAACACGUCCGCGGAAAGCAGAAGAACUGAUGAACAGACGAUUAAUGGACAGUGCUUGUGAAAUCACCAUCCAUUUGAAUAAUCUGGAGUCAAAAAAGCGUCACUUUCUUGAUUUUCAGAAAAAGUCAUGGUCAAUAAGGAACAGUCUAGACUCCAUGAUGGGAAAGAAGCUGAUGUCCUUGGUGAAGAUCCCAGUACUGUUGCUGUUCAGGAGCUUUCGCCAUGUGGCAGGGCUGGAACAUUUGAGGCUAGACAGAGUAUUCAUGCAGGGACCCAGGUGUGGGCCGAGCAGGUGCACGUUCCCUAGGGGCGAAGAUAACACAGAAUAUGAAGCAGUGCAUGGACUGAGCCAAGGUGUGAGACAAAACACCAUGUUGCCACUCUUCCCAUUCACUGGAAAUCAACUGGUGCAGUACCGUGGUAUCAGCAGUAUACUGAUUGCAUUGAAUUCAAUCAAAGAUGGAAAGGGUUGGAGAAUAUGCUUGUCGAAGAACUUGGAAAGCAAGAACAAGAAGACUUCUUGUCAUCGUACAUACCAGUCAGAUUACACAUUGCUAUCAAAAAUAAGUACACAAGAGUACACAGCAAAAAUUGAUCCGAAAUUUGAUAGUCAUACAGUGGCAUCAUCGAAGGGGAACAGGAUACAACAGAAAGAAGAGAUACAAUACAAAUGUACGAAAGAUAAUGCGGAGGAGAAGGACGAUCCUGAUAUCUACAGGCAAGUUUUAGCUUUUCUUCACAAUGAUUUGUUUCAGCUUUCAACAAGCUUCGUCCCAGGAGGGACAAGCAUGUUUUUAUAUCCGGCGCGUCUUCACGAGUUCUUUCGUCAGUCGGCACAAGGCCCACCCUUUCGUAAGGGGGAAGAAUACUGCUAUGAAGCAGUGCGACUGUCCAGUUUUAAAGACUUGCCCAAUUCGGUCCCGGUACCAGCAACGCGACUUGCACGGUCAGGGUUCCAUUACACUGGAAACAGUGAUGAGGUAGCAUGUUUUAGCUGUGGAGGGAGACUUAAGGAGUGGACCUAUGGAGACAAUCCAUUUAUGCGACAUCGCAAUUUCUUCCCAGAUUGCCCACUUAUGAAAGGAACUGAGACAAAGAAUGUUCCCCUGUUCCAAACAGAUGAUGCUAUUUCUAAUGGCAACAUUGGCACCAAUGAUGAUCCUUUCCCAAACUUAGCAAGGUCUUCACCACGUGACCAUGGUGGCAAUGCGUCCUUACUACUGUCAAACCAACAGGCACUAUCCAGGUCACUGGGCAUCAGUUCACUAGAAGUCGCCAUCCCGCAGAUCACUCAUGCCGGGGUUGCCAGUGGUGUACGCUCUAAUGAGAACACAUCUGCCCCCUCAACUCCACAAAAUUCAUCUCAUCUACCUACAUGUGUCCCGUCGCGGAUGAGAAAUGAGUCUGAUCGCCUAGCAACUUUCGUCAGCUGGCCUAGUGGAGCAAAUGUCCGACCCAAGGACUUGGCAAGAGCUGGUUUCUUCUAUCUGGGCACGGAGGACCGGGUACAAUGUGCCUUCUGUGAGGGGGUAUUAAGGAAUUGGGAACUAGGUGACCAACCACUGCAGGAACACCGCAGAUAUCUUUCCACCUGCCCGUUCAUCUUAGGACUGGAAGUUGGGAAUAUUCCUCUGGAAGAACCAAGCACAGCUCUUUCUCUUUCUGUGUCAGAAUCACAAAGACAAGCUGUAGGAGGCAGUACAACAGGAUCAGAGAAUUCCACAACUGGACCCACACUAGGAAUACUAACAGCGAGACCUAGACACGAGAGAUACGCCAUUGAACAGGCCAGAGUUCGAACCUUUGUUAACUGGCCGCCAUCUCGUAUUCCGCGUCCCGAAGCUCUCGCCAGGGCCGGAUUUUUUUACGCCGGUUUUGGUGACAACGUAAAAUGUUUCUUCUGUGACGGAAGACUUAGGAAUUGGGAAUCUCAAGACGACCCUUGGGUUGAACAUGCGCGUUGGUUCCCGCGUUGUGAUUUUGUUCGUCAGUGCAAGGGGGAUGCUUUUAUUCAAAUGAUUAAGGAUCAAAAGUCGCCAAACAACCCGCCUCCCCAGGCUCAAGCACAAAGAGCACAAGGUGCGCCAGGCAGUCACCAUGUAGAGGCCCGGGAGAUCAAAGCCCGCCUCGACACCCCGACAGUGCAAGCGGUCUUAGAUAUGGGUUUCAGACGAGAUACAGUGCGUCAGGCGAUCGAACGUAGAUUGAGGGAAACUGGAGAUGAUUUCCCCAGUGCAGCGAGUUUACUAGAUGCCAUUUUGAAUAUUGAGGAUGAGAUGAACCGGCAGACGGCGCAAAAUGCGGCGGCGAUGGCAGUUAUUCUCCAAGAGGAACCUGGUCAACAGCCACUAGUCCCAGCUCUGGUUGAAGUACCAGCAUCUGUAACAACCCAAAAAACAUCUCUUACGCAGAAUUCGGAGAAACAAUCUAAAAAAGACAAUAGAAAGAAAAAGAAGAAGCAAGACGCUCCGGUACCAAAGGAAAGUGACGACAAGGAGACCAAGUCUCUGCUUGAGGAAAACAAAAGACUGAAAGAAGAGCGCAUCUGUAAAAUAUGUAUGGAUGAAGAAGUUAGCGUGGUAUUUCUGCCGUGCGGCCAUCUUGUCGCCUGUGUCCAGUGUGCACCUGCCUUGAGGAAUUGCGCCAUUUGCAGAACAGCCAUCAAGGGAACGGUUAGGUCCAUAUUAAGUUAA